AUGGCCGAAAAUCUUCCGAAAGUGGGUAGUUUGCUCGAAGCGGCCUCUGCAGUGGGUCAAAAUUUCGAUCCUGUCAAUAAGAUCCAUGAACACGUUUGUGGUUUUCAUUUUUACAGUCACGAUAUGUCUCGUCAAGUAGAAGCCCAUCAUUAUUGCAGUCACCUUAAAGAUGAAGUUCGUCAAUGCGUUAUUUACGAUUCUAAUAGACCUGACGCACGAUUGAUUGGCGUUGAAUAUAUUAUCUCGGCUAGGCUUUUUCAAAGUCUUCCCGAAGAAGAAAAAAUCUAUUGGCAUUCUCACGUUUAUGAAGUAAAGUCGGGUAUGUUGAUUUGCCCCUUUAUACCAGUGGUGCCACAAGCAGUUGUCGAUAAAGCUGAAAAGGUGGUCAUGGAAGAACUUAUUGAUACUUAUGGAAAAACCUGGCAUUUUUGGCAAGUUGACCGUGGGGAUCCUUUACCAUAUGGACCGCCUCAACUUAUGAUGGCAUUUCUUGACGAUUUUCAACUUUCACAGAAAAUAUUAGAUGAUCGUGAUAAGAGAUUUAACAUUUCUACAUCCCAUUAUCGUAAAAAUAGAGAGGGUAUUCAUCCAAAGUAUAAUCGUGACCUUAAGGCUGAUCAUUGGGCUUCACGAGAUGAUAACAUGGCUUAUCAAACCGAAAUGAAAUUGGUCGAACAAAAAUCGUUGCCUACCAAAGAACAAAGGAACGUUCAAAAGUAA